UAUAAAUAUUUGUCGUAUUAUUUAAUAUAAAAAACAAAAGUUUUGAUUCGAUGCAUCGAGAGGUGACGUGUACAACCAGAGGAACUAGAACUUGUCGAGAGUAACCUUCUUGUAUUGGUGAUUGGUAAUUUGGUAUUAUAAGUGAGUUUAAUGUCCGGACAAUUUAAUAAUAUGUGGGAACAGGAAGAAAGCUGGCCUUCGCCGCAGCAAUACCCGCAGCAGCAGCAGCAGUUCCAGCCGCAACAGCAAUACGGUAACUCGUUCUCGAUGAACGGACAAGGGCAGUUCGCGGACGGGAGCCAGUCUUCGGGAUAUAGCCAAUUCCAGCACAGUGAUAUGAUCGUCAACGCCGAAGAGCUCGCCUUCCAACAAAACGAUUAUUCCCAGCCGCAGUACAAUCAGCAGUACCAGGCAAAGAUGUCUUUUUUCUAUGACAAGCCGCAAAUAUACCAGCCGCCCCAGUCCGACUUCAAGAACCCGUACAAUUUCGAGGACGAGCCUCCUUUGAUGGAGGAGCUUGGAAUCUUCCCGGACCUGAUCUUCCGUAAAGUGAAACUCGUCUUGGAUCCAUUCAGUCAGGUUGACGUACAGGAAGACUACGACUUGAGCGGUCCAUUGAUAUUCUGCCUCUGCUUCGGCCUCAUGACAUUCCUUUCUGGUGCCAAAGUCAAUUUCGGUUACGUCUACGGUAUAUCUGUGUCAUCUUGUAUUUUCAUGUACCUUCUUUUGAAAAUGAUGUGGGAAGACAAUCCCAGCUUUAUGACUGUGGCUUCUGUGCUCGGCUACUCCAUGCUGCCUGUCGUUUUCCUGUCGACACUUGGAAUAUUCAUGCAUCUCACUAAUUUCUUGGGAUACUGCGUUUCCCUCUGUGCCGUCUUCUGGGCGAGUUGGGCUGCAUCGAGGGGUUUUACGACAAUCUCAAGAGAUGAUUCACAGAAAAUCCUAGUUGCUUAUCCUUGCGCCAUUCUGUACGGUGUCUUUACACUCAUGGUUGUUUUUUAACAAAUUAAACUUUUAAAAAGUUGGAAAUAGUUUUUAACGUUUAAGUUGUUACAUCUGGAUAUUUACAUUAAUUGUAUUACAUAUAUGAACAGGAAAAAAAAAAUAUAUAUAUGUGUAUGUAUAUAUACACAUUGAUGAAUAUAUAAAAACAUUAUUGAAUAUUUUGUUACAUUUGUUCAAUUUUAAUACUGAAAGGAAAAUGUUAAACAAGGUUAAAAGUUGAAUUUUCACUUGUAAAUGUUGUUUUGGCAAAUCAAAUUUGUAUAUAUCAACUUAGGUUAAGAUAAUGAUGCAUUGUGAUAUUCAAUAAACAUGCUUGGAAUUGCCCACAAAGUCACACAAGGGUGUAAAAGUCUGCCCUGUGAGUGUAAUUAUGUCUGCCCUGUGUUCUCGCUUUACCAAAUUUUAAGUCGAAAUUUGCAAUAUUUAUAAAUCAUGAUUAUUUUUUACUCCUUUAAAAACUUCUCCCUACUUUAUGAAAUUAUUAUCAUUAUUUAAAGUAAUUAUACUUUUUAUCUAAGGUGUUGACUGAAAUGAAAAAGCUAGUGUCAAAGCAGGAUUGGAACCCACCUUCCUCUCAUUAUGCCGCUGUUUGAAUCACAUGAUUUAUCAUGAUUCAAGUGGAGGUCGUGGUUUGAAUCCCUCUCAUGACAGUAACUUUUUCAUCUCAACCAAAACCUUAGAUAAAAAUUAUAAUUAAUUUAAAUAAUUAAUACAGUCAAUUAGGACUACUAAAUACAAAAUAUGGAUUAAUAUUAUUACAGUAAAUAGUGUUCAAACAGCUUUUUCUAAAGUAGUGAGAGUGUUAAUAUCUUCUAAUAAGGCAAAAAUAUUGAUACAAACUGUCUGUAUAAAUGGGUACCAGGAAGAUAUUUCUGGUUAAAUAAAAAUAAAAUAAUAUUGUUAUUAUUUAGCUGUGGUUAAAUGUAGUUUGUGUAUAGAUUUUUAAAAAAUUAACAUUACAUCUGAAAUCUUGAGUUCAAACAUUCA